AAACAGAAAGGGUAAAAGAGUAAUUGAGAACUUCACCUCUUCCCCAGGAGGCAGUUGACAUUUCAAUCACUCUUAGAAUCCAAGUCUCUCUGGCAUCCACCCCUCUCCACAUCCGAUUACUCCCUCCCACCUCUGAUCUCUCUCUCCCAGUCUCCAAAUUUCCUCUCAAAAUUUUCAUUAUUCGUUUCAAAAAUAAACCCUAAUCCCAUCACCUCCACCGCAUUUCUCCGAAAUGUCGUUCGAUGAAGAAGAAUCAAUCGAACACACCUUACUCGUAGUUCGCGAAGUCUCCGUCUACAAAAUCCCGCCCCGCUCCACCUCCGGCGGUUACAAAUGCGGCGAGUGGCUCCAAUCCGACAAGAUCUGGUCGGGUCGUCUCCGGGUCGUUUCCUGCAAGGACCGCUGCGAGAUCCGAUUAGAGGAUCCCAACUCGGGUGACCUCUUCGCCGCUUGCUUCAUACACCCGGGUCAGCGCGAGAGUUCCGUCGAGCCGGCUCUCGAUUCCUCUCGUUACUUCGUGCUCAAGAUCGAGGACGGGAAUGGUAAACACGCGUUUAUCGGGCUCGGGUUUAAUGAACGGAACGAGGCGUUCGAUUUCAACGUGGCGUUGUCCGAUCACGAGAAGCAUGUUAGAUGGGAGAACGAGAAAGAGACUGGUGAGACGAGUGAGAAUGAUUCUCACAUCGAUAUUCAUCCCGCUGUUAAUCAUAGAUUGAAGGAAGGUGAGACUAUAAGGAUUAACGUGAAGCACAAGCCAUCUAGUGGGACUGGUAUGCUUUCAUCUGCUGGAUUGUCCGGGGGAAAGCCUAAGACUUUGAGCCUUGCUCCACCGCCCAGUGGUGCUGGAAAAAUAAGGUCUCCUCUCCCACCUCCUCCUAAUGACCCUGUUGCUGCUCGGCGAACCUCUUCUAGUCAAGGUGUUGGUCAAAUAACACCCAAAGAAAACAUGAAACAAACCAACCCUUCAACAUAUUUUCCUCAACUAGAGAGGAAUGUUCCUGCUACCGGAUCAGGAUCUUCGAAGACCACUGCAUCAGGAUGGGCAGCUUUCUGAAUUGCGAGACCAUUUGUUCUAGAAUAUGUAAGCUCUACUGUUUGAUGUUUUUGAUAUGUUAAAAAAGAAAGGAGGAAAAAAGAAGAAA